AUGGAUCCGCCAGAGUUCUUGGGUGGCUUGGAUCCGGUGAUUGCUCAUGAUUGGUUGUACGGCAUGGAGAUGAUAUUUCAGGCCAUUCAGUGCACAGAAGAAGAGAAGGUGAUUUUUGCUGCUCAGAAAAUGAAGGGGCCAGCAGGUAGAUGGUGGAAUACGGAGUCUACGUAUUUCACUAACCGAGGGAUUCCAAAGGAUUGGCAACAUUUCAAGACAGCUUUCCUGGAGAAAUACUAUCCCAACAGUGUGCGUGCUUUGAAGGAGCGUGAGUUUCAGACCUUCAAACAAGGCAACAUGUCGGUUUCUGAAUAUGCUGAGAAGUUUGAGGACAUGGCUGCCUAUUCCAGACAAGCAGCUUAUGCACCAGAUGAGUUGUGGAAGAUUGAUCAGUUCCUUAUGGGGUUGAAUGCUGAUAUUGUACACAGAGUGUCUCAAAGGGAGUUUACUACCUAUGCUGAGUGUUUGAGGCAAUGCUAUGUUGCUGAGAACACAUUGAAGAGAGUCCAAGAUGAAAGAGAACAGAAUAAGCCGGUUCCUAGGGAACAAGGAAGGUCGGGACAACAUUUGAAACCCCGUAAUUCUCCAGCUAUGAAGAAACAGGUCUAUGGAGAUCGCUCUACUCAGCCUCCCCGAUGUGGUAGAUGCAAGGCAAACCACUUUAGGAAUUGCAAGCCAGAUCUUGUGAAAUGUUACAAGUGCAAUCAGUUGGGACAUUUUGCAAGGGAGUGUACAGCCCCAGAUGUUCCUGAAAAGACUAAAGGCCGUGUUUACACCUUGGACGCUAGGAAGGCUCAAGGAAACACCAAUCUUGUUGCUGCUAACUCAGUGUACAUCGGUUGUAAAGAGAAGGCUAUCUUCAUUCCUGCUGAGGAGACUACACCAACCGAUUCCAUUGAACAUCUUCUUGAAGGUACAGUUAACAUGAUCAAUUACCUUUUUGCUCAAGGGAAGUCUUUCCUUUUGGUUCUUACGUCGGACACCAAAGAUAAGAGGAGUAUUUUGGAGAUUCCGGUUGUGUGUGAAUUUUCCGAUGUAUUUCCGGAGGAUGUUACUUCUCUUCCGCCGGAGAGGGAAGUUGAAUUCUCUAUUGAUCUUGUUCCGGGUACCGCUCCAGUUUCGAUCGCCCCUUAUAGGAUGUCUCCUGCAGAGCUAAGAGAGUUGAAGAACGACAUAUUGAUAUACUCACGGACUAUGGAAGAGCACAUGGAGCAUUUGAGGAUUGUGUUGUCGGUUCUCAGAGAAAAACAGUUGUUUGCGAAGUUUAGCAAGUGUGAGUUCUGGAUGUCCGAAGUUAAGUUUCUUGGACAUGUCAUAUCUGGUGGCGGCGUGGCUGUAGACCCUUCAAAGGUAGAAGCAGUGGUAAAUUGGGAACGACCCAAGAAUGCAACUGAGGUCCGUAGUUUCCUAGGCUUGGUAGGUUACUAUCGGAGGUUCAUUAUGGGCUUUUCCAAAUUGGCAUUACCUUUAACUAGGCUUACAAGGAAGGAAGUUUCAUUCUAA